CCCAAAGCCCAUACAUCCGUAUCCGCAGCGGCCUUCUUCCAAAAAUCAUUCCAAAACCUAAUUUCCACCGCAGGACGCCUCCGUCGAUGAAGGUCGCCGAGUUUUUCUUCUGCAAAUCUUAAUUUUCAGCGCCGAUACUCCCCCAGAAGGAUUCUUAUCCUCCACUGUGAUUUUUCUACAACUCGAUAUAAGGUAACGGAAUCCUGCGACGAAACUUCUCAACCGAAUCCGGAAAAUACGACGGAGUUUGUCUCGCGUCUAUCCUUACACGCCGUUCAAUGGCGGUUUCACCAUCAAAUGUACAUCUGGAAAUAAAGAAUGCAAUCUAGGCUUGGGGACACACAAUUUUGCUGUGGAAAAUAUACUCAUAUUGAGGAGUUGUUCAAACAAUACACGAAUAUAACUCUUUGGGAGUUCGUGUUGAAGAUAUAUGAGUUGUUUCUAAGCAACUCCUUCCAAAGAUGAGCUCUGAUGGUGCCAAUGCUCUACCUAGGACUGAAUCUAAUGUGCUCCGGGGACACGAAGGUGCAGUCCUGGCAGCACGCUUUAACUCAAACGGCGAAUAUUGCCUGAGCUGCGGCAAAGACCGCACCAUACGGUUGUGGAAUCCCUACCGUGGACUGCACAUCAAGACCUACAAAUCCCAUGGCCGUGAAGUCCGCGACGUCCAUGUCACGCAGGACAAUUCGAAGCUGUGUUCGUGUGGAGGGGACAGGCAAGUCUUCUAUUGGGACGUGUCAAGUGGUCGUGUGAUCAGGAAAUUCCGCGGUCAUGAUAGCGAGGUGAAUGCUGUGAAGUUCAAUGAUUAUGCAUCUGUCGUGGUAUCAGCUGGUUAUGACCGCUCAGUGCGCGCUUGGGACUGCAGAUCACAUAGUACUGAACCUAUUCAGAUCAUCGACACCUUUUCAGACAGUGUAAUGUCCGUUUGUUUAACAAAAACAGAGAUAAUUGCUGGGAGUGUAGAUGGAACUGUUCGAACAUUUGAUAUUCGAUCUGGUAGAGAAAUAUCUGACAAUCUGGGACAGCCCGUCAACUGCAUUGCUCUGUCAAAUGAUGCCAAUUGUGUAUUAGCUAGUUGUCUCGAUUCUACUCUAAGGCUUUUGGAUAGGUCGACUGGUGAAUUAUUGCAAGAAUAUAAAGGUCAUACCUGCAAGUCAUUCAAAAUGGAUUGCUGCUUAACAAACUCUGAUGCUUAUGUGACUGGUGGUUCGGAAGAUGGUUACAUUUAUUUUUGGAAUCUUGUGGAUGCUAAAGUUGUGUCCAAGUUCCGAUCUCAUUCUUCAGUGGUAACAAGUGUGAGUUAUCACCCCAAGGAUGAUUGUAUGAUUAGCGCUUCAGUGGAUGGAACGAUUCGGGUUUGGAAAAGCUAACAAAUGGAUGGAGUUUAGGGUAAGGGUUUUUUCUUUUUCUUUUUGUUUUUGGUUUUGAUGUUUUAUGGUUUGAAUAUCUCUUGUGGAAAGUAGUGUAGUAAUAUUUGGUGGUGAAUUUGUUGAUGUUAUUAUCACACUGCAUAAAUGGUGCUUUUCUUCUCCUCA